CAGUUACGAUGUCAGAAAACAAAAUUUUAUAUGUGGAAGGAGAAACAAAAGACUUUGAUACUGGUCACGAGAACAUCCGAGUAAAGAUUGAAGUGUUAAAUGAAGACGUCGCGAGGUGUUGA